AUGCUUUACACUGCUAUUGCCGCUGUUGCCUUCGCAGCCACAGUUGCUGCGGCCCCCAGCGCCGAGACUAAGAAGCGUGCUUCCGGUAGCGACCAAAACAUCUCCAUCUAUCGCUUUGGCGACCCCGCUGGGUGUCACGACGUUCUGCGCGUUUCGGGCGCCUGCGGCAUCAGCACCUACUUCAAAAACGUCGACCAGGCGGCCUCGUUCGUUGCCAUUCCCUCCAAGCUCUUUGACAAGUUCACGCCCAACGACCCCAAAUCCCCCACCACCAAAGCCGCACCGCAGACCAACACACUCUGCGGCAAGACCAUCACCAUCACCCACAACGGCGUCACCAAGACGGCCAUUGUUGCCGACCGCAACUUCAGUAACGACAACUCCAUUGACACCUGCAUGGAUAUCUGGUCGGCAUUUGGUGGCAAGGACGGUGACGGCACGGUCAUCCACGGCGCCACCUGGUCCGUCGAUGGUGUGUAA